GAGCACUAUUAACUUUUGAUAUUCAAUUAAGCUUUCUGAGUUCUGCUUUGUGCUGUUAUGUAACAUUCAGGAGCCCAUCAGUACAGUCCCACAUAGAUUUUAUGUGUGUGUGUCCUGUCUUAGUUGUGAAGGUUACAUGAUUCGGGGUGGUCUUGGGGUGGGUCGGGUUGAGUGUUUGGGGUGGGUGAGCACGGGGGGAUAACUGAAGGGGUUAAGCUGGCGACUGGCACUGUGACAAAAGUUAAUGAUUGGAAAGUAGAGGUGGAGGCGAGGCGGCGGAGUGAGGGAGCAGACAGGGCUGAACAGAGGGAGGGAGCGAGUGAGAGAAGGAGCUGACGGAGAGAAAGAGGGGAAAGAGCAUGAUGCUUAAAUCCAGUCGGCUGCUCCCCUGGGAAUGUAAUCCAUAUGUGUGCACGAGUUCAGCUCUAGGAGAGAGAAAAUUUCUUAGCCGCAAAGAAAUGAUUGUUUCUACUCUCUCCCCUAUUUAAAUUCCACUCAUACUGGCCCCAGUACCCUAGCUCUGAGUCAACUGUGUGCACACAGAGAUAGAGAGGAAGGGGGAGAAAGAGAAAGGGGAGGGAGGAGGGACAAAGAGAGAAAGAAAGAGAGGGAGAGAGUAAAGAGGGAGGGAAGAGAAAGUGAGAGAGUUACUGUAGAAUGAGAGAGGGGAGUGAACAAGUGAUAGAGUUAGAGGGGAAGGAAGAGUGAGGAAGAUAAACGAGAGGGAGAGAAGAAGAGUAGGUGAGAGGGAGAAGAGAAAAUAGUUGAAAGAGAGAGGGCAGAGCAGACUGCAUUUCCAGACAGAGUCUACUCAAGAGUAGAAUAGAGAAAUAUAGAAAGGAGAGAGAGAACAUGGGGAUCAUGGAGGAGUCAGCAAUGAGCCAAAAUGAUCUGAGUGGACCAGCUGGACAGCCAGUGAGCCAGAUCCAGCUGGAGGAGACUGGAACCAUUCACACAUACAUAACGAGCUGUGAUUUGGAGAUGAAUGGGAAGGCGGGAGGUAGAGGACCUGUGAGUUCACCCAACGACAUCAACUCCAACAGCUCCACCAUGGUAUCAGACCUAUCCUCCCCUGAAUCCCAGACCCAGUCCCAGCCCUUCACACCCCGGGCAUCUCGUACUCCAAGGAAAGCUGCUACAUUUGGGAAGCGUUCUAACUCCAUGCGGAGGAACCCUAAAGCGGAGGUGACCAAACAGGGCUGGCUAUACAAACAGGCCAGCAGUGGAGUGAAACAGUGGAACAAGAGAUGGUUCGUCCUCACUGACCGAUGCCUCUUUUACUACAAAGACGAGAAGGAGGAAGGAGUGUUGGGAAGUCUUCCUCUGCUAAGCUUUGGGAUUGGAGGAGUGCAGACGUCGGAUAACAUCAGCCGAAAGCACGCCUUUAAGGUUUGGUACGAGGAAGAGGAGGAAGGUGAGAUUAAGGGCCACAUUGUGUUCUGUAUGCAGGCUGAACACGCAGGAACACGCACAUACUACUUCAGCGCUGAGACUGCUGAGGAACAGGAGGAGUGGGUCGACGCCAUGAACGAGGCAGUCCACAUACUCCCUUCAUGGAGGACCACCAACUCAGAGGCCACCACACCCACAGCGGAACUCCAUGGUAACACCUUGGUAACCAAAGGACCUGAACCACACACCCACACACACACAUACAUCGAGGACAACAGCCAGACGACGGACUUCCAAGACCCAGAGCCCGGACCACGAAAACCCGCCCAUCACAAGGUCAACGGGGUCGAUACCAUGGAAACGCCCCUUCCCUCCACCAGCAACUCAGAGCAGGAGGGGAGGAUGGAGGGAGAGAGGACAGGAGGGCCUGGACCUGGGGGUGCACACCAUCCUCAUCACCAGCCCAAUGGGUUUGGCCCCUACGGUCCCCCAAACGGACCCCCCCAGGGUAACGGGCGGCCGCUCCAGGGACCUCCAGAGGGAGGGAUGAUAGAGCGGAGGGAGGUGAAGGAGCAGCCUGAGAAUGUGGUGCUGAGACGGGGCUUUGUGCCACGGACGAACCCUGAGAGACAGGCCCAGAGGAAGAGCUCCAUGACCCAGCUACAGCAGUGGGUCAACCAGCGCAGAGUCAUGGCUGUACAGGAGGACAUGAACAGUACCUCCCCUUACUACACAGGGAACCGGGGUGUUCCAGCUGACUACUACAGCGUCUACGGUAGCGUGGUGGGUGGUCCGGGCUACGUGGAGCAGUACCCCCUCUACCCCUUGGGCGUACGCCCUGACAGCAUCUGCUCUGUGUCAGCCGUGGGCUACGACCGCCUGGCCCCCCCUCGCUGGACCAACGAGGACAAGAGAUGCUCACUACGGGACGGACCCCCGCCCCCUCGAGACCCAUACGGUCCCCCACCCGGCCCUGCCUAUUACAACCAGAUGGAUGUAGCCCAGACCUCCAUGAGGCGUCUCUCCAUUCAGCCCAGGUCUAGGUCGGUCCCCAGGUCCCCCUCCCCAUCCUCGGGUGGUCCCUGCUCACCCGGCCCUCAUAGCUUUGCCUCGCCCAUCCGCUCACCCUCGGCCCGGUUUGACAGAGGACCAAGCAGGCUACAGGAGGAUGUGAUCUACGCUGACCCCUCUGUGUACGGACUGAGGAGAUCACUGAGCUCACCCAAGUAUGAUUACCCUGGAGACAGGAGGUCGCUAAGCCAAGGAAUGUACCACUACAACUACCCUGCCUCCCCCUCUCUCCACAGCAAAAUGGAGGGCAUUUUAGACUUGCAGCUCCAGAGAAACCUGGAGUACCUCGAUCAACAGGUGCCUCCAUUCCAUGACCCCUACAGGGAGCUGCACCCUACACUGAAACUCAACGAGAUGGAGACCAGCAAACUUCUGGGUCGUCUGUGUGAACAGAACAGGAUUCUAAAGGACCAGGAAGCAGUGGUCCACAGGCUGAGGAUGGACAAGGACAGCCUAGAGUGUGCGCUGGUGGCCACACACCAGGAGAUGGAGCUGUACCGGGGUCAGCUGAUGGCUGCAGACAAAUUACAGCUGAAGAAGGAGACACUGCAGAACCAGCUCAUCAACAUCAGAGGAGAACUCUCCCAGGCAUCCAGCGUUCUGACAACCAGUCGGAUGGAGUUUGAAGCUUUGGAGGACGAGGUCAAUGCUAUCCAUGGAGACCUGUGGGAACAGCUCAACACAGGCGGGCAGAGUGAGAUGAUCCACAGACACAUUCAGAAGGAAUUCUGGAGGGUUCAAGAUGUGUUGGAGGGACUCCACAAGAGCAACCUUUCCAGAGGCACAGACACAGCCAAACACCGGGUGGCCAGUGGAGCAUCAGGUUCUUUUAGCACCAAUAGUCCUGACAGUCCCAUGAGCUCAGUAAGCCUCACCAGUCCACUCAGUCCCUUCUCCCCAGUGCCCUGUUCGCAGGCCUCCCCCUCCAAACAACUGGGUCCGGAGGACAUUGGCCCGCCACGGCCACCACUUCCCAAAUCCUACUACCCCCUGGAGUCGCUCCCCUCCCUUCCCCCCUCCCUCCUCCCUCUACCCUUCGACAGCUCCACCUGGCUACGCAGCCUGGGCCUGGAUGACGGUUACCUUGACGAUGAAGAGUCCCGCGGCAGAAAGCACAAGUACGGUUAUCGACAGGACAUGUCACCGGAAGAAUGGACUAAUAGCAACGAAGCUCAGGAGCUGGAUCAGGAUCGACAGGCCAACAUGAAUAAAGUGGGGAUCGUUCCUCCCAUGACUAAGUCUCCCCUGGAGGACCAGGGCCAAUCCUACGACCAUGGAAUCUCCCAACGCAACUGCAAGGUGCCUAAUGGAAUCUCCAGGGAGCGUCCGAAGAGUGCGGUGUUCCCGGCGGAGGUGAAGUCCAAGAUGAGCGUUGAGGAGCAAAACAAGCGUAUCCGUAGGAACCAGAGCAGCUCCGUCAGGGACAAGAGACGCAGCCUGAACCUGGGUAGCCAGGCUGGUACCAAUUACAGAGUGGUGAGGCGGAGGCUGACAACCCAUGAGGUGGACAUCAAGGACCUGGAGGCUGCAGUACGGGGCGAGGGGGUACAAGAGUCACCCCGGGAGGAGAUUGCUCGCCUCAGACGGAUACAGAUGGAACCUGACCAGUACAACCUGGACAUCAGCAAAGAGCUGUGUACUCCAGACAAGGUUCUGAUUCCUGAGCGUUACCUGGACAUGGACACUCCUCUCAGCCCAGAGGAGCAAAAGGAGAAACAGAAGAAAGUAGAGAGGAUCAAGACGCUCAUUGCCAAAUCAAAUCUCCAGAACGUGGUUCCCCUAUUGGACGGUCCUACUGAGGGGGUUGGUUCCCACCACCAGGGUAACCCAGAGCAGCAGCUCCAGGACCAGGAGAAGAGGAUUGAGAUCUCCUGUGCCCUGGCCACCGAGGCCUCGCGACGAUCCCGUCUGCUCUCCGCCCAGUGCGCCCCCAGCCCCCUCACCUCCCCGACCAGCCUGGCCCCUCCCCCCUCCUCCACUGGUUUCUCUGACUCCGCCCACAUCAUGAAGGUGUGAGUCUGUGAAGCUCAAGCUCUGGCUGCCGUUAGGUUUGAUGGAGCAUCCUUCUGAGGAUCCACUGGAAUAUAAAGAAUAAGCCCAAAGAAACUGGUUUUGUUUAGUCUCUGACCGCACGCCCGCCGGUGUAUAAACCCAACGACUUCCACAACAACACAACAGGAAAAAGGAAGCUGUCACAGGAAGUCUGGAAAGUUGGCAACCUGAGGACGUCUUCAAGCCAAACAGACUAAUGAUGAAGAAACUUAAACUUAACGUGCACACCUCCCACCCACCCCAGGGGCUGCUAUAAGAGCAAUCCCCACUCUCCCUCUUUCAAUUGCCACACUUACACUCUUCCUCUCAGCCUAGGCCUGGUAGAAAAGAGCUUCUCUAUGAAGGCAGGAAAAGCAAACAAAACACAAUGUUGUUUUUUUCACAAUUUUCGGUGUACACAAUUUUUUGAAGCUACUAAACUAGCCAUAGAGCAUGGGGUGUAUACAGUACAUUACUCUAACAUGGUCUCCGCCAUGCUAAACAGACAGUGAGACAGUGUUCAUGAGGGCACUUGUUUUAUGUGAUGCACAGAUCUCAGUUAAGAUGAUUAGGGAAGAGGACUGGCUGAGCUGGACUUUAGGAAGAAUGGAGGAAUGUUUUUAUUGGUGCAGAGAGUAGUAGAACAAAUCAGAGACUGAUGUGUUUAGUGUAACAGAAAAAGGUCACAGAGGAGAAGGAGGUGAACGGAGGGUGGUUCAAGAACCAUAAAGAGAUAAAAGUAGUAACAGUAACAGAACAGUACCAGAACAGAAUACGGCAUCUUAAGAGCAAUGUGGUCUUCUCUCUAUUUGACACCUGGGUCAUAUAGUCCUGUUUCUGAUUGGCCCCUGGGCCAUUGUCUCUAACUCAGUUAAACAGCCCUUGACCCUCAGAGGCUAUUAGUGGGAGAGCUGUACUGCAUGCAAGCACAGUGUCGCACAGUAAACACACACACACCCUUCGUUCCCACCUCAAUCCACUGGUGUCAGGGCAUGGGUGUAUAGCAGUGCUUGAUGAGCCCCCCCCCCCCUCCUCUCUAUUCCUUUCCAACCCUCUCAUCCCUGGUGAGGAACACACCUGUUGAACACUUACCUGACCCACUGUGCCUGCCUCCCAGCCCCUUCUCCAGGCUUGGCUAUCCCCUUCGGUUCCCUCUUCUGCCUACACCCCGAGCUGGUUGGAACAUGUAUGUGUAUGUGUGUGACUGUCUACAGGAAGACCCAUUCUGACUCUAAUAACUGUGUAUCUAGAUGUAAGUAAAGCCCAAACACCUUUAGCAAUAAAGCCACUGUCUUCUCUUACUCCUCUCACUGCUAGGACCUUUCUUCAGUGGUACAGUACGUCAAUAGCUAAAUGUCUGGAUAAAAUCCAUGCAUACAGUACCAGUCAAAAGUUUGGACACACUUACUCAUCCCAGGGUUUUUCUUUAUUUUUACAAUUUUCUACAUUGUAGAAUAAUAGAGAAGACAUCAAAACUAUGAAAUAACACACAUGGAAUCAUGUAGUAACCAAAAAAAGAGUUAAACAAAUCAAAAUAUGUUUUAUAUUUGAGAUUCUUCAAAACAGCCAACCUUUGCCUUGAUGACAGCUUUGCACACUCUUGGCAUUCUCUCAACCAGCUUCAUGAGGUAAUCACCUGGAAUGCAUUUCAAUUAACAGGUUUGCCUUUUUAAAAGUUAAUUUGUGGAAUUUCUUUCCUUCUUAAUGCAUUUGAGCCAAAGUUGUGUUGUGACAAGGUAGAGUUGGAAUAUAGAAGAUAGCUCUAUUUGGUAAAAGACCAAGUCUAUAUUAACUCAAGAACACCUCAAAAGAUCCAUGACAGGCCAUCAUUACUUUAAGACAUGAAGGUCAGUUAAUCUGGAAAAUGUUAAGAACGUUGAAGUUUCUUCAAGUUGCAAAAAUCAUCAAGCGCUAUGAUAAAACUGUCUCUAAUGAAGGCUGUCACAGGAAAGGAAGAUCCAGAGUUACCUCUGCUGCAGAGAAUAACUUCAUUUGAGUUACCAGCCUCAGAAAUUGCAGCUCAAAUAAAUGCUUCACAGUGUUCAAGAAACAGACACAUCUCAACAUCAACUGUUCAGAGGAGACUGUGUGAAUCAGGCCUUCAUGGUCGAAAUGCUGCAAAGAAACCACUACUAAAGGACACCAAUAAGAAUAAGAGACUUGCUUGGUCCAAGAAACACGAGCAAUGGAUAUUAGACCGGUGGAAAUCUGUCCUUUGCUCAGAUCAGUACAAACAUGCGAUUUUUGGUUCCAACCGCUGUGUCUUUGUGAGAUGCAGAGUAGGUGAACAGAUGAUAUCCGCAUGUGUGGUUCCCACCGUGAAGCAUGGAGGAGGUGUGAUGGUGUGGAGGUGCUUUGCUGGUGCCACUGUCAGUGAUUUAUUUAGAAUUCAAGGUACACUUAACCAGCAUGGCUACCACAGCAUUGUGCAGCGAUACACCAUCCCAUCUGGUUUGUGCUUAGUGGGACUAUCAUUUGUUUUUCAACAGGACAAUGACCCAAAACACACCUCCAGGCUGUGUACGGGCUAUUUGACAAAGAAGGAGAGUGAUGGAGUGCUGCAUCAGAUGACCUGGUCUCCACAAUUACCCGACCUCAAACCAAUUGAGAUGGUUUGGGAUGAGUUGGACCACAGAGUGAAGGAAAAGCAGCCAACAAGUGCUCAGCAUAUGUAGGAACUCCUUCAAGACUGUUGGAAAAGCAUUCCAGGUGAAGCGGGUUGAGAGAAUGCCAAGAGUGUGCAAAGCUGUCAUCAAGGCAAAGGGUGGCUACUUUGAAGAAUCUAAAAUAUAAAAUAAGUAAAACAUUUUAUAACACAUUUUUGGUUACUACAUGAUUCCAUAUGUGUUAUUUCAUAGUUUUGAUGUCUUCACUAUUAUUCUACAAUGAAGAAAAUAUGAAAAAUAAAGAAAAACCUUUGAAUGAGUAGGUGUGUCCAAACUUUUGACUGGUACUGUACAUGUACAGGUAUGUAAAUAUAUAUACAUACAGUACAGUAUAAAGUAUGUGGAAAGAUGUCAGUGGGAAAAAAAAGUGACCUUAGAAUUGUAAGUCUGCUAGUCGAAACACUUGUGUUAAGAUGGGCCAGCAACUUGCAUCACAGCCAGCUUACAGUGCAUAAAUAUCAGAAAACAAAAUGCAUCCUACAUGUAUCAUAUCCCUAAUAUUAAACAGUGCCAUGAUGAAGUCUGAAGCUAUUUUAGCAUAUAGAGAUGGUUGAUCAUGUCAUUCUGGUCAGACAGAUAAACAGAUAGAGAUAUCAUGGUAAGGGUUGGAGGAAAGGAAUUAUAUUUGGAGUGAAGGAAGUUUAUUGGUGCAGUAAUGUGCCCUAUUCUGCUUCUACUGCAUUCCUCCCAUGCAAGUUGUUGACCUAUCCUUUGUAUUUGGUCUGUCUCUUGACACACAAUCUGUUUGUAAGUUUGUCAGUUGAUUACUGUCAGUGUUUCCAGAUCUAACCUGUGGCCUUUGCGAAAGUCCAGCCCUUUUUAUUGCAUUUCAUUCAUCCUCCCUCCAUCACUAUCCAUCCAUUUCUUCCUGUCUCUUUUUCCCAUCCCUCCCUCUGUUUCUCUCUCUCUUUGUCAUAUUGGCUCAAGAGGUAAUGUUGUGUCUGUACAGAAAGACAUGUUUCUUCAGACCAGCCAAGAUGUUUGAUGGUAGGUGAAAGGUGUAAACACAAAGCAGAUUAUCAAUCUCACGAAGCAAAAAACAACAGCAGGUCUGAGGAAAAUAGUUAUAUUUUUUCUUGUUUUGAGAAAGGGAAAAUAAGGUAAAAAAGAUGCACUACAUAUUUUUUUAGACACAUGGGUAUUUUAUGAUUCAAAUAAGAUUUCAGCCAACAGGUUACAUUUUUAACAAGUAAUCAGGAAUGUUUAGCAUUUUUUACGACAUUGGGGAACAAUUGUUGCAGAAAUAUUUUAUUUAGGCUAUUUAUUGCUUUUAAUAAUUGAUUUUGGAAAUGGUUGAUUUUGAAAAUAUAGGUAUUUUUGGAACAAUUGGCAUCAGAUGUGUUGAGAAAUACAAAACAGCCAAAUAAGGGGUGUCCAAUAUUUGAUAACAAAUGAAGCAUUUAUGGCUAAUAAUGAUGUGGAGAGAUUUAGCACAUUGGUCAAUGUACAUAUUUCUUAUUUCAACUACGUAUAUCUUAAGAAUAAUAUUAACUGCUACUAUUUUGGGGAAAUACACAAACUGCUUGAACUAUGCAAAUAAAAAAGUGAAAAAUCAUAUGCUUGCUUAGGAAAACCUUGCAAUAAAGUGAAUGUAUUCAAUAAAGUAUGUUUUACCCUUUAGAUGUUAUUGGAAUAUUCACUCUGUACUUUAUAAGAAAAAUGAUUAUCCUAAUCAUUGAUAUUAUUAGCAUUAUUGUUUUAAUCAUGUUAUUGAUGUUGACUAGGCCUAUCACUGCCAAAAUAAUCACACUACUGAGAUUGAUUGCUCACCUUUUUGUCUGUUAUAUUAAUAGACCUUUACUUAAAAUAACAUAAUGACUCUGUUAUAUUAUAUCAUGUGUAUGUCUGGAUAAAUAAACCUGAUGAUAUCAUGUAGA